AUGCCUUCCGCGGUCACUGAACCCAAGGUCACGGAACCGCUGUACCCGGCGUACCUGCCCACUCGUCCGGAAGGCUACUCGCUCACAGUCAACGUGCCGCCAUUCGAGCAGGUCGAGCCUGGCACGCGCGCUGACCCUGCGAAGCCCGAAAUCUUCACGCCCGACGCCAAGAUCAAGAACAUCACGCCGCGCAUCGGCGCUGAGAUCCACGGUGUCCAGCUCAGUCAGUUGUCCAAGGAGGGUCUGGACCAGGUGGCUCUCUUUGCUGCCGAGAGGGGUGUUCUUGUCUUUAGAGAUCAAGACUUCAAAGACAUCGGGUUUGCCAGACAGAGGGAGAUAGUCUCCCACUAUGGGCCUCUGCACCAGCACCCUUCCAUGGGCUACCCGAAGGGAACCAGCUCCGAAUUCCACGUCAUCUACGCCGACGAGAAAGUUGGGAGCAUCCGUGACGUGAUCGGACCCAAGACCUCGUAUGAGCUGUGGCACAUUGAUCAGACGUUCACGCACAACACGCCGAGCACGACCUUCUUCUGGGUGCUUGAGACCCCGUCCGACGGCGGCGGCGACACGGCCUUCACGUCCAUCACCGAAGCGUACAAGGCUCUGUCGCCGACGUUCCGCGAACGGCUGCACGGGCUGACCUGCACGCACUCCAACGUCGACGCCAUCGAAAUCACCCGCCGCGGCUACGACCGCGUCAUGAAGGAAGAGGUCAAGGCCGACCACCCGCUGAUCAUCGAGCACCCGGUCACCAAGGAGCCCGCCAUCUUCAUCAACCUCACCGCCAUCAAGUCGAUCAACGGCAUGAAGCCCUCCGAGUCCGACCUCAUCCUCAACUUCCUCAACGACCACAUCCGCUCUCUUGACUUCAGUUGCCGAUGCAAGUGGGAACCCGGUACAGUGGUGAUUUGGGACCAGAGAACUGUCGCGCAUUCCGCCAUCCCGGACUAUGCUCCGGGCUCCAGGCGUCAUAUGGUGAGAAUCGCGCCUUACGGGUCAGAACCCAAGGCAGCUCCCCUGAAGCAAGAGGAUGUUUCGAGAGAAUAG